AGGAAAACUACUAAAUACAUCAGAUCCACUUUAAUCCCCUGGAGAUAAGUCACUGCUUCAAGCAGAAACCUGCAGCAUUCUAUUGGUAAUUAGGGGUAAGAACUAUAUGGAUGGUUAUUAAUAGGUUUAUAUUAAAUAUAUGAUUACCUAGAAUGAUAUAUAAUUAAUUGUCUCUGACAUUCUAUUGACAGACUCUGAAAACUAAUUUAAUCAAGGGGAAGAGAUAGCAGCAAAUUAGCCCAGCUGACGCAAUUUGUGUUUAAAGUCCAGGCCACUAAUUGCAGUCACAUGACCUACAUCCAGUUACAUUACUGCAGUCGAGGGAGAGAGAAAAAACAAAAAAAAUAAACAUUUGUGAUUAAAUUAUUUAUAUGGGCGGAUAGGUAUUGUAAUGGCUAACGAGGUAAGGCUUGUGUAAAACUGGGGAGAAAUAUUACCAGGAAAUAAUAUUAAGGGGGACUUACAUAGGACAUAGAAAAAACCAUAAGAGCGGUAAGUGUGUUUAAAAGGGGUAAGAGGUAGGUGGGUUUAAAAAUGGGCUGCUGUAGGACCGGUAUAGAAAGUGGGUAAAUGUGAUAUAUUAGUUUUUAUGAGGACUUUAUAAAAGAGGAAUGGGAUCUCUGAAAGGUGACUAAUGCUUUUAGCUGUCUGGGCAUCGUUAGAGUUCUAGUCCAUUAGAAGCUGGGGUGUAAGGUUUUUUUUUUUGCUGUUUUUCUUAAAUCAGACUUUUUUUUUUUUACUAAAGUAUGAAAUGACAGGAAUUUUAAGUGAAGGGCAGAAAUAGGAUAGAACUUUGUAAUUUUUUUUUGUGUGUGUUUUGACAAGCCCUCCUCCAGGUAACUCCCAGGGUCACCCUGUUUAUUUGCAGAUGGCGCUGGUUCUGCUGUCUUGUUUGCUGCUUGGAUCAGUGUUGGUGGAAGGGGCACCAUCAGGAGAUGAGAUUGUAUACAUGCCUGGUCUUGCCAAGCAGCCAUCGUUCCAGCAGUAUUCAGGAUUUCUGACUGUGCCAGGGGGUAUACAUCUUCAUUACUGGUGAGUAGGGUCUUAAUAUUUUCAAGUUCAUAAUUUAACUCGCGGUCUAUCAGUUUUUACUUCCAAGCUUUGUUCUCUGCAGGUUUGUAGAGUCCGAUGCGGACCCCAACUCUGUACCCCUUGUCUUGUGGCUCAAUGGAGGUCCGGGAUGCAGCUCAGUGUAUGGACUUCUAACUGAACAUGGCCCUUUCUUGGUGUGUGCAACUAAGAACCUCUUCUCUCCACCCACGGAGUGCACCCUGUACUUGGCAUUUUAUAAACCUUUUAGUGCUUUUAAAAAAAAAAAAAAUGUUUUACCUUGUGUUUCAGAUCCAGCCAGAUGGUGUAACAUUAGAAUACAAUCCCUACUCCUGGAACAAG